CUAUAUAACCCUGUAUACCCAUGUUUACCUAGUAUUACCCUGUAUACUGUAUGCCCUGUAUACCCCUAUAUAACCUGUGUACCCAUGUUUACCCUAGUAAUACUGUAUACCCUGUAUACCCCUAUAUAACCUGUGUGUUUACCCAUGUUUACCCUAGUAAUUUACCCAUGUAUACCCUGUAUACCCUGUAUGCCCCUAUAUAUCCUGUGUAUAUGUUUACCCUAGUAAUACUGUAUACCCUGUAUACCCCUAUAUAUAACCUGUGUACCCAUGUUUACCCUAAUAGUUUAUACCCUGUAUGCCCCUAUAUAACCUGUUUACCCAUGUUUACCCAUGUUUACCCUAAUACUGUAUACCCUGUAUGCCCCUAUAUAUCUUGUGUACCCAUGUUUACCCUAGUAGUACUGUAUACCCUGUAUACCCCUAUAUAUACCUGUGCCCCUAUGUAUAUCUUACCCAUGUUUACCCUAGUAAUACUGUAUACCUGUAUACCCCUAUAUAUCCUGUGUACCCAUGUUUACCCUAUAUAAUACUGUAUAUCCUGUGUACCCUGUACCCUUAAUACCCUUGUAUACCCCUAUAUAUCCUGUGUACCCCUAUAUAUCUUGUGUACCCAUGUUUACCCUAGUAGUACUGUAUACCCUGUAUGCCCCUAUAUAUCUUGUGCCCCAUGUUUACCCUAGUAAUACUGUAUACCCUGUAUACCCCUAUAUAUCCUGUGUGCCCAUGAAUACCCUAGUAAUACUGUAUACCUUGUAUGCCCCUAUAUAUCCUGUGUACCCACAUGUUUACCCUAGUAAUACUGUAUACCCUGUAUACCCCUAUAUAUCUUGUGUAACCCCUAGUGUACUGUAUACCCUGUAUGUUUACCUUAAUAGUGCCCAUGUUUACCCUAAAAAAUACUGUAUACCCUGUAUGCCCCUAUAUAUCCUGUGUACCAAUGUUUACCCUAGUAAUACUGUAUACCCUGUAUACCCCUAUAUAUCUUGUGUACCCAUGUUUACCCUAGUAGUACUGUAUACCCUGUAUACCCCUAUAUACCUUGUGCACCCAUGUUUACCCUAGUAAUACUCAUGUAUACCCUGUAUACCCCUAUAUUAUAACCUUGUGCACCCAUGUUUACCCUAAUAGUACUGUAUACCCUGUAUACCCCUAUAUAUCUUGUGUACCCAUGUUUACCCUAGUAGUACUGUAUACCCUGUAUACCCCUAUAUACCUUGUGCACCCAUGUUUACCCUAGUAAUACUGUAUACCCUGUAUACCCCUAUAUUAUAACCUUGUGCACCCAUGUUUACCCUAAUGGUACUGUAUACCCUGUAUACCCCUAUAUAUCUUGUGUACCCAUGUUUACCCUAGUAGUACUGUAUACCCUGUAUACCCCUAUAUACCUUGUGCACCCAUGUUUACCCUAGUAAUACUGUAUACCCCUAUAUACCCCUAUAUAUCCUGUGUACCAAUGUUUACCCUAGUAAUACUGUGUACCCUGUAUACCCCUAUAUAUCUUGUGUACCCAUGUUUACCCUAGUAGUACUG